UUUAAAUGGAUACCAGGACUCCUACAGGAAUGUAAAUGUACAGUUAUGAGAUAAAUCCUGCAUAUUUUGACCUUAAAAUCCACCGAAAACACCUGAGAAACACCUCCGAAGUCCUGCAGAGACGAGGCGUUCAUGGCUCUACGCUGAGAUAAUCACACUUUGACAGAAAAAGUAACCGGCCCCCAAACAAGGGGUGCAAUAAGGGGUGUUUUCCCCCCAGAUGGAUCCCCAUCAGCACUCCCCAGAGAGCAGCAGUGAGGAGUGCACCGUCCUGGAGGUCCCGCCCCCCGGGAGGAACGCCUGCCCCCAGCAUGCAGGGAAGGUGGCGGAGGUGUACUGCUCUUCCUGUGAGUGUGUGUUGUGUGAGGAGUGUGUGCAGGAGCACGACCAGCAGCACGACCAGCAGCCCCUCGAGCUGAUCCUGGAGCAGCAGCGCAGCGUCCUGCAGGAACAGCAGGGGGCCGCUCACAGCAGACUCCCUGAGAUCUCGGACGCGUUGUCUUUUGUCCGGGAGAUCCUUCAGCAGCUGACCAAUCAGAGAGCUUCUAUCGACGAGGACAUCCAAUCGAGUUUCGAGGAUCUUCACAAGCAGCUGGACGUCAGAAAGAGCGUCCUGCUGAUGGAGCUGGAGGUCACCUACGGCCUGAAGCAGAAGGUGCUCCAGGCCCAGGUGGAGAGCCUGGUCCUGGGGGAGGGGGCUCUCUCGGCCUCCCUCUCCCAGGCGGAGGAGGCCCUCUCUGGGGAGGCGUGUGCCGCCGGGCUGCAGGCGGAGCAGCAGCUGCAGCAGAGACUCGGGGAUCUGACCGGCCUCCGCCUGACCUGUGAGCCGCAGGAGAACGACCAGCUGGACCUCAUCCUGGAGACCGACGGCAUGCGCAAGAGCAUCCACAACCUGGGCACCAUCGUCACCACCAGCGCGGUGGCGAGCCAGAGCGAGGCCAUGGGUGCCGGUUUGGAGCAGUGCAUUGUGGGACAUCCUGCCUCGGUGACCAUUGUGACGAGAGACAAGUCGGGGGGAGCGUGCAAGAGCGGAAACGCCAUCAUGUCCGCCGAGGUCUUCACCCCGGACGGCAGCAUCGUGGACGGGGAGAUUUUGGACCACAAGAAUGGGACGUACGAGUUUGUUUACACGGUGCCGAAGGAGGGCGACUUCUCAUUGGCUCUCCGUCUGUACGACCAGCAUAUCAAAGGAAGCCCCUUCAGGCUCACCGUCAACAAGUUCCUGGAGGCCGAUGUGGAGGUGUCUCCCUCCACCACCACAGCCACCAACUCCGCAGCCUACGCCACCCCCUCCACGGGCUCCUCUGAGGGGGCAAAGAGACGAGGGAAGUCCCCCGGCCAGAAGAAGAAAGGCUCCAAGAGGGCGAGCAGCGCCUUGGGGACCCCGCGACGCAAGACCCAGAACCCCAUUGAGGACGACCUGAUCUUCAGGAUCGGAUCGAAGGGGAGGAAUAAAGGAGAGUUCACCAACCUGCAAGGAGUGGCUGCUUCCUCCAGUGGCAGGAUACUGAUAGCUGACAGCAACAAUCAGUGUGUCCAGAUUUUCUCCAAUGAGGGGGAAUUUAAGAGUCGUUUUGGUGUUCGGGGGCGCUCUCCAGGCCAGCUGCAGCGUCCCACCGGAGUGGCCGUGCAUCCCACCGGUGAUAUCAUCAUCGCCGACUACGACAACAAGUGGGUCAGCAUCUUCUCCAGCGAGGGGAAGUACAAGACAAAGCUUGGCUCCGGUAGACUGAUGGGGCCAAAGGGUGUGACGGUGGACCAGGAAGGUCACGUGAUCGUGGUUGACAACAAAGCGUGCACCGUCUUCAUCUUCCAGCUGACCGGCAAGCUCGUCUCCAAGUUCGGAAGUCGAGGAAACGGUGACAAGCAGUUUGCAGGUCCGCACUUUGCAGCAGUGAACAAGAACAACGAGAUCAUCGUGACUGACUUCCACAACCACUCAGUGAAGGUUUUCACUCCGGAGGGCGAGCUGGUGAUGAAAUUUGGCUCUAAUGGUGAGGGAAACGGCCAGUUCAACGCUCCCACUGGUGUAGCUGUGGACGUCAAUGGGAACAUCAUCGUAGCCGACUGGGGAAACAGCAGAAUACAGGUGUUUGACGGUAGCGGAUCCUUUCUAUCCUACAUCAACACGUCCGCGGACCCUCUGUACGGACCCCAGGGUCUGGCUUUGACCUCAGACGGACAUGUGGUCGUGGCAGACUCUGGAAACCACUGCUUCAAAGUCUACCGCUACCUGCAAUGAUGGAGGAUUGGAGGAAAGGCGGUUGGAGGGAGUGGUUGUUGGAGUGAAGGGAUAUGGUGCACGUCGUCACAUUUCUAGGAAUAAUUGCAUGAACCUCUACCAUCACAUUGGAAGAAGGGAUGGGUAUACAAAAGGAAGAAGCAAAGAAGAAGGAUUACCCAUCAUUACAUCAACAGACCAAAACAAAACUAUGAUCUACUUUUCUCAUCUUUAAAGAUUAGGAUAAAGUUCCAUCAUCAGCUAUCGUGUGAAACAGUGAAUCACAGAUAACGGUGGGACAACGAUUGGUGUUUGAACUACAUAUUCCUAACGUUUGAAGAGAGAUGAAGACAGAGGGGGAAUGGAAAGAUGGUGGAUUCAAGGGGUUUGCUGCCCUCGUGCAAAAUCGGGAAAUAUCGCAGAAUCACGCAAGGAUGGAGUAAAAACAGUUAUGCAACAACUGAUUCAGGAUGUCACUCUCUAUAAGUCCCUCUUUCUCCCAGUGUGGCAUUAUUGGAAAAGGAAAAUGGAGGAAGAACAAAAACAGGUUGCAAGAGGAGGUGAAAAACGUCUUGGAAACCACAAACUUCCUAAACCCAAAAUGGAGAAGAGGAUCAAAGAAGUAUCAAAGCUGUGAGUGUAUAAAUAAAGGCCUCUGCGUUGAAGGGAAUUGAUCGGAAGAUUAAAGGUUUUCUAAUGUUCUGCCUUGUGAUGUAUGCAAUAGACAAAUAAUAGCCGGUAAGCUAAAAGAGGUCUACGUCUUAGUUUGACAUCCAGGUCAUUACCACAAAUGAAGAAAACGGUUCUGACGCUGUAGAUUACAUUUGGGAAACACCAUCAACUCUAACAUGUUGAAGCUAACAUUAGCUAGCAACUUUUAGAGCUUGUCAGGUCGCCCUUGAGCAAAGCACUUCCAGCAGAAAAAGACUAGUGAACGUUAAAAUCCGUAAAUAUGCAACAAGAAAUCACUUGAGAAGGGAAUCCUCGUCCAGCCAAGUUAGAAUGGACUAUAAUGUUGACUAAAGAUUCACUUGCGAUGGUGAUGAUAAAAUAUUGUUUGACUAAGACACUAGGCCUCUUUUAGCCUGUUGUCCAUUGUUCGUACAUUAGGAUUGUCUGAUUAUGGAAUGUUUAAAUUUAGUUUCUUGUCAUAUGCUAGUAAUCUUUACAAGUCCUAGGCAAUAGAUUCAUCGUUAUAAAGGAUUGCUUGACUCUGAUGCUGAUUGUCUGUAUGACUGAUUCAAUUGGUUGAUUGACACGAUAGAUUUGACGGGCACCACGGUCUUGUCUGUGCUUGGUUUGAGUGGUAAUAUAUUUUUUCCAUGAGAAAUCUGUUGGAGAUGGAGAAAAAGAAGGUCUAUCAAUCUAUGCUAUAUAUUCGUGAGAACACAUUUAAAUAAUAUCGUGUAAAAAGUUGAAAAACAAUUAACAUAUACAAUCUAAUUUCAAUAGCCAAAAACAAGAAGAUUCUUUCGUUCUUUCAUCUUUCAUAAAACAAUGGCUCAGUGUCCGAUCAGCAUGCCUCUGUAUUAUGUGAUUGUCUUCAUCAAAUUUACUGGUUUAAACUGUAGGAUCCCAUUUUAUAAAAACAGUUAAUAAAUUCCUGAAAUUACAGUAAAGGACGCAAGACCAAUGUUACGUUGCAAAAGCAUUUAAAAAAGAGUUUUGGUAAAGUGCUAUUCAAUAGAAGUGAUACAAAAAGCAUUUACAUUGAUUGUUAAAUAGGCAAUAAAAGCAUUUAAGUUAUUCACAUGAGCAUUCAGUUAUACCUUUAAUAUACAGAACAUGUUUGGCUAACAGAGGUUUGCGGUAGAAAUUCACGCGUGAUCGAAUAGAACACUUUAUGUUAGUUAUUGCUUCAUAAUAUUUAUUUAUCUAUUUAUUUAUUUAUCUAUUUUGCCAUUUAUAUCUUUCUCUUUUUUUCUUUCUCCAUUUGAUUGUGUUCCACCAUGUGCAUUGAAAUUCUCAAGUGCCCAUUAUAUUUCUUCUUUUUGUAUAUUUUGUCUGUUAUGUUGAAUCAAAAUAUGAUUGUUGGUAUUUGAUACAUUUUAUACUGACUACAUGUGAGCGGACAAAUCAGCGUUUCAAAUUUUGUUUUAUUUUUAUUUGUCAGAUGAAAGUCGUCAUUCUGUGUUGGGAAAAUAAUGAAGCUAGCCAAUAAGAAAACAACUUGUUAGCAUUUCAUUUCUGAUUGAAAUCAAUAGACAUGUUUGGCAAAAAGCUAAUAAGUUAGCUGUUGCUCAGAAUACAGCAGAGUACAAAGGCCAAACUUAUAAACUACAAUCUGUCCAAGUAAGGACAUUUAUUUUGAAGAUUUAAUACUUUAGAUUUUGUAAGAAAAAGUCCAUUUAGUUAUACGCUAACUUGAUACUUUUUGGCUUUUUAUGGCCCUUGGUUUCAAUGCUGAAUGGUAACAAUUCUCUUUCGUGGAUAGCUACAACAAAACAUGUGCUAUGUUCAAUAAGACAAUUUUGAUUUAAAUGAACUGUCAGAGUCCCAAAAAGGAUUUCAUGUAUUUUCCAUUCUCUGACUUUGUUUUAGCGCCCAAUAGUGCUGCUGAAUCUCAAAUAAUGCUGAUCAACAGCUGGGAGGAGAUUUCUGGUGUUUCUAAAAGUAACCUGAGCCUUGUUUGCUGGAGAUUCAGCCUUACUGUCAGUAAAACAUGAAUGUCGUUUCAAAGUUGAUUUGAUGGAAUUGCCUUCUCAGUAAUCUUGAAAUGUAAUGCAAAAAUGACUAAGAGAUGGUUGAUGACCAUUUCAAACACAACUCAAACGAGUACACAUCCAUUUGUGGUAACUUCGGAACAAUACAUUCCUAUUCCUACAGUAUGUGGAUUGGGUGUGUAUCAUUGUUGGAUUUCCACCACUCAAGGAAAACUAUGGUAGACCAAUUAAGGUUUUUCUUUUCUCUCAUAUUGAUAUGUGGUGUUUUGAAACACAGUCCUUAAACUAAUGAAAUCUUUCAUUAUCACAUGCCUGCUCUCUCUCUCUAUAUAUAUUUACUAUAUGUCAUGUCUGUUAACUGUUAUGGACUGUCUCUAAUAUUCACUCCCACACUCAACUCUACAAUAAAGCAUUGAUUCCUAAAUAACCU